AUGGGUCGUUGGCGAACUAUCUCCAUCGCCUUGGUCGUCACCAUAGGAGGAUUCACCUUUGGCUUCGACUCGGGAAUCAUCGCGACGACGUUCGGUUAUCAAACCUUCCGUCUCUACAUGUAUGGUCCCUUCCAAGCCAGCACAUCUCUCGCUGGUGCCAUCGUAUCAUGCUACAACGCCGGUCAAGCCAUUGGAGCCCCAACAGUUGGAUACCUUGCCGAUCGCUUCAGCCGCAAGUAUACCAUUGCAUUUGCUUCCCUUCUCGCUAUUCUCGGAGCUGCUCUGCAAGCUGGUGCUGUCCAUGUGGGUAUGAUGAUCGCUGGCCGGCUUAUUGCUGGUCUCGCUUGUGGUCAAUUCCUCGCUGUUGUCCCAGUCUAUAUCGCUGAAGUGGCCAAGCCCUCUCAGCGAGGUUUCCUUGUUGGUCUUCAGGGCUUGAUGACUGCUAUUGGAUUCUGUAUCGCGAAUUGGGCUGGAUACGGAGUUGCUUUUGCAAUCCCUGUUCCCUUCAUCCUCAUGUUUGCCGUGUUCUUUGUCCCCUUCUCACCACGUUGGCUCGUCAGGAAAGGACGUCACGAAGAAGCCCGUCGCGUGCUCAACCUCCUCCACGACACCGAAGGCGAAACAUUCAUCGAACAAGAACUUCUCCAGAUCCAACAGCAGAUUGAGCUCGAGGCGUCUGCUGAAACAAGCAGCUGGGCAUAUGCCAUCAAAGAGCUCUUCUCCAUGCGAUAUCUUCACCGCACGCUCAUGGCAGCUUUCAUCGUCUCUCAGUCCCAGCUCUCAGGCGCUUCUGUCAUCCAGAACUUCCAGAACACAUUCUAUGCCAUCGUUGGUAUCACUGGUCGGAAGUCACUGCUAGUGUCCGGUAUAUACGGAUUCAUGGGUAUGGCCUCGUGCUCGAACAUGUGGACUGGCUCGCUCGCCUUGUCUGUCUCUAUCGCUAUCUGCAUGGCUUUGAGUGCUACAUACGGCCAGGCUGGACAGAGUAAUAUGGCUGGAGCAAGAGCCAGUAUCGCCUUCAUCUUUAUUUACUCCGCGACAUUUGCCAUCUUCUUCAACGCGAUGAUCUGGGUCGUUCCAUCAGAGCUGUUCCCAACAUUCCUUCGAUCCAAGAGCAUGGCCUUUGCUGUGUCAUCCAAGUCUGUGGUCGCUAUCGUUCUCAGUCAAGUUACUCCUUUGGCUCUCGCGGAGGUUAGCUGGAGGUUCUAUGCCCUUUUCAUCGCCUGCAACACUGCCGCCGCUGUUCUGUAUUUCUUCUUCCUGCCUGAAACCGGCGGUAAGACCUUGGAGGAAAUUGCAGAGCUCUUUGGUAAUGCUGUAGCGGUGGAUAUGCAUGCCAAUAUUGAAAAGCUUGAUGCUACCAGUGUCGUCCAUGCUGAAGGCAGCGAGCCUCGCAAGUAG